AUGGAACACGGCUCCAUCAUCACCCAGGCGCGGAGGGAAGACGCCGUGGUGCUCACCAAGCAAGGCCUGGUUUCCAAGUCCUCUCCCAAGAAGCCUCGUGGGCGUAACAUCUUCAAAGCCCUUUUCUGCUGUUUUCGUGCUCAGCAUGUUGGCCAGUCCAGCUCCUGUACUGAGCUCGCUGCAUACAAGGAGGAAACCAACACCAUUGCUAAGUCGGAUCUACUCCAAUGUCUCCAGUACCAGUUUUACCAGAUUCCAGGGACCUGCCUGCUCCCAGAGGUGACAGAGGAAGAUCAAGGAAGGAUAUGCGUGGUCAUUGACCUAGAUGAAACCCUUGUGCAUAGCUCCUUUAAGCCAAUCAACAAUGCUGACUUCAUAGUGCCUGUAGAGAUUGAGGGGACCACUCACCAGGUGUAUGUGCUCAAAAGGCCUUAUGUGGAUGAGUUCCUGAGACGAAUGGGGGAGCUCUUUGAAUGUGUCCUCUUCACUGCCAGCUUGGCCAAGUAUGCUGACCCAGUGACUGACCUGCUGGACCAGUGUGGGGUGUUCCGGGCGCGCCUCUUUCGCGAGUCCUGUGUGUUCCACCAGGGCUGCUAUGUCAAGGACCUCAGCCGCCUGGGGAGGGACUUGAGGAAAACCCUCAUUCUGGACAACUCACCUGCUUCUUAUAUCUUCCACCCAGAGAAUGCAGUGCCUGUCCAGUCUUGGUUUGAUGACAUGGCAGAUACUGAGUUGCUGAACCUGAUCCCAAUCUUUGAGGAGCUGAGUGGAGCAGAGGACGUGUACACCAGCCUUGGGCAGCUGCGGGCCCCAUAACCUUCCCUGCUUCCCAGCAAUGGCCAUCUCAGUAGGGGACUUUGCUACAUUGUGCCUUUAUGAUAAGUCAGAGUGAAAGCUGCAGCCCCUCUUUAGAUGGGGCCUGUAUAUAGUGAGAAGUGGUUGGAAAGAGC